AUGGCAAAACCAUUGAAUCAAUAUGCCAAUGGAAAACCAAAUCGUAUCUACAAGGUGAUAACAACAACUACCACAGUAACAUGCUUUGGUGAAGAUGCAGUCGAAGCAGAUGAUGAUCAGUCCAUAGAGGUAAAAUUUGUUGAGCACGUCAAAGAACUAGGUGUUGACACGAAGGAUGUUCUUCUGCAUACGGCUGCCAAUGUACAACACGUAUUAGAGACCGCUAGUGAUUAUAUUCGUACUCAACUGUCUUCGAAUUCGACAGAGGAUACAUCAAGAAUGGAAAUACAUCAUGAACAAAAUGAUUUUCUUCAUCAAGCAGCUGUUUUCAAACACGUGCUUGUACAAAAAGCAAUGGAUGUCAAAGAUGCAACAAUCGACGUUCUCAGAGAUAUUGCAACCGCAUCAGGGCAGGAGUAA